AUGAUAAGGAAUGCAAGUGAUAAGUUACACGAAACUCAUGAUGGAAAAACUAGUGAUAUAUUGAGAAGAUUUAGCGGCAAAAGUGCACUGUUGGAGUCCUGGGGCGGACGUCUUCCACAUGCAAUAAAAAUAUGGAGAACAACUGGCUGUCUAAUUGUUGCUGAUCUGUUUGCGAUUUUUUGGGCAUUUUCUCUCAAGCAGGGUGUUGUUGUUUGUGCAUCAUACGCGGUAGCAUCGUUUACAAAAGUGGAAGGACAAGGGGUUACAGUUUCUACAAAGGAGUCUGUACCCACGGUGUCUGGUGCUUUCACUGGUGCCAAAGCCAAUCCUAGUGAUACUGCUGCACAAGCUAGUUCUCAAAGAUGGGUACCUCCGCAUAUUUUACGAGAAACAGAAAACUCAAACGACACAAUAUUUAGAAGAGUCAGAGCAAUUCUCAACAAACUAACUCCUGAGAAAUUUGAGAAAUUAAGUGAUGAGCUGCUUCAUGUCGGCAUUGAAACCAAGUUUAUUUUGAAAGGCAUUAUCCUUUUGGUUUAUGAAAAAGCUCUCGAUGAGCCAAAAUACAGUUCACUCUAUGCCAAGCUUUGUCUUCGCUUUUCUGAACUUGCUCCUAACUUCGAUGACCCUGGAAAGGCUGGUCAUUCUACUUUCCGUCGUCUUCUGCUCAAGCAAUGCGAGGAAGAAUUUAACAGUCGCUCAAAGACCAGUACAGCUUUGGAUAGAAAAGAUGGCGUCCUUACCGCAGAAGAGGAAGAACAAAGAGCAAGCAAUAAAAGAAAAAUGCUUGGCAACAUCAAGUUCAUUGGGGAACUUGGCAAACUGGGGAUGUUACAUGAAGCUAUACUGCACAAGUGUAUUAAACAGCUACUUGACAAGAAGAAACGUGCGACUGUGGCUGAUAUAUCUGAGGAUAUGGAGUGUUUAUGUCACUUGAUGAAGACUGUGGGAUCGCAACUUGAUGUUGUCAAAGCAAGGCCAUUGUUUGAUCAGUAUUUUGAUCGUAUACAUCAUAUCCUGGAAAACACAGAACUUCCAUCGCGUAUCCGCUUCAUGCUACAAGAUAUCCUGGAACUAAGAAGAAAUAAGUGGGUGCCAAGGCGUACGGAACAAGACAACGCCGCGCCGAGACCUAUUCAUGAAAUCAGGCAGGAAGCAUGGCAGAGCAGGAAAGGGGGUAUGUUGCCUGGUGAUCCCAUGUUCCCAUAUGGACCACGGUAUAAUAAGCGGGGAAAGAUGACCACUGGUCGUGGUUUUGAGGAUGUUUUCAUGUCCGACUCAAGCUUUGAUUCGUUCCUUCCGAUGGAGGAUUUUCGUGACAUGCGCAUAAACGACGGACCUUUUGGUGCAGGACAUCCCUUUCCAACAAGAUUCGAUGAAAUGCCUCCAGUACGUGCAAUGAGGAAUGAAGAUCCUUACUUCAGUAACAUGAAAGGAAGAAGCAGUCCUCCAGACUUCAUGCCAAAUUUUCAGUCCGCACCAAAAAAACCGCAGAUGAACGAGGCGAGGCCGCGCAGAGUGCAGACUCAGAAAGGCCGUACACCCGAUGGACAGAUAAGUUUGCGUCCGGUUCGCGAUUCAAUUGUGGCACAACCAACCAGUCGCACUGGGCAGACUUCAUCUUUGUCAAACCAACCAAGACAAACCAACGGUCAAAUGCCGGUUACUAACGAAAAGCCGAAACAAACCAAAAAAGCCUAUUCUGCACCCAAAGUUGACACGGAGAAACUUGUAGUGUCAAUAAUAGAAGAGUUUUUAAAAUCAAAAAGUCUUCCCGAAACUAUUAAUUGUUGUAAAGACUUGAACUCGCCACAGGCAAAGGAAUCGCUGAUUGUCAAGCUGCUUCAAUCCACACUGCAACAGAACGCGGAGGAUCAGAAUUUAGUUGCAGAUUUGGUGAAAAAAUGCUUUGAUGAGAAGAUUUUGACAAGCGAAAAUAUAUCGAAGGGUAUGAAAUCGUACAUUCGCAAUUUGUCCAAUGCCGAGAAUUCCGACGUUGUUAAAGCUUCUCUGGGAAAAUUCUCAUCCCGUCUUGUCAUUGAGAAUUUGCUUGACGUUAAUACCACGAGUAAAGUGAUGGAACCUGUUGAUCUUUUGUUCCUACAAUGUUUGAAAGAUCUCAAGAAAUUAAAAGGAGAGGACUGGCUCCUCGAAUUACUCAGCAGCAGUAAAGUAAAUUUGGUGAAAACUUUGCCAGAGCAAUAUCGAAAUGCUGAGAAAAUGACAGAAAUUCUACGUGAGCAAGGCUUGAUAUUUCUUUCCCCGCAACUGAAAGCUCAGACAGAAUUGUUUAAACAAAUACAAAGUGAUUCCAAUGUCUCCACUUUAUAUAAAUGGAUUAAGGAUAAUAUCGAUGUAAAACUUCAUUCCAGUCCAGAAUUUGCAAGUGUUUUAACGACUUGCGUAUUGAAGUAUGUUACCAUGACUACUAGCUUAGCUCCUGAUAUUGAUCGGAAUCAACCGUUGGAAAAGGAGGUUCAAGAUCAGGAAAAAUCGAUGAUGGAAAAUAUGAAGCCUCUUUUGCAGAAGUUCUUAAACGAUAAUGUACAACUCCAGGUCCGAGCCCUGUACGCGUUACAAGAAUUCUGUCAUUCCAACGAUUUCCCUAAAGGAUUGUUGUUGCGUAUGUUUGUAAUGCUAUACGACCUGGAAAUCAUUGAAGAAGAUGCCUUCAUAUCAUGGAAAGAAGAUGUGAAUGACCAGCAUCCGGGAAAAGGGAAAGCUCUCUUCCAGGUGAAUGCGUGGUUAACAUGGUUGGAAACUGCCGCAGAAGAGAGUUCAGAAUCUGAACCCGAGUAAAUCGUUAUUUAGAAAGCCUAAUAAUUAAUGUAAUUUUUAAUUAAUUAUAAUUUGGAAUUUUUUUCUGCAAUUAUGUUAGAAUAAAAUAAUGAUAAC